AUGGGGGCCAUUUUUUGGAACUCCACUGACUUCAUCCUUUUGGGCCUCAUCACUCAUCCCUUAUUCCCUGGACUUAUCUUUGCAGUGGUCUUCUCCAUCUUUGUGGUGGCUGUAACAGCCAAUGUGGUCAUGAUUCUUCUCAUUCAUGUGGACUCUCGUCUCCACACACCCAUGUACUUCUUGCUCAGCCAACUCUCCAUUAUGGAUACAAUCUACAUCUGCAUCACUGUCCCCAAGAUGCUACAAGACCUUCUGUCCAAGGAAAAGACCAUCUCCUUCUUCGGUUGUGCAAUUCAGAUAUUUCUCUACCUGACACUGAUUGGAGGGGAAUUCUUCCUAUUGGGCCUCAUGGCCUAUGACCGAUAUGUGGCUGUGUGUAACCCCCUUCGGUACCCUCUCCUCAUGAACCGCAGGAUUUGCUUGUUCAUGGUAGUAGGCUCCUGGGUUGGCGGCUCCCUAGAUGGAUUUAUGCUGACCCCUGUCACCAUGAGUUUUCCCUACUGUGGGUCCCGAGAAAUCAACCAUUUUUUCUGUGAGAUCCCAGCUGUGCUGAAGCUGUCAUGUAUAGACACAUCCUUAUAUGAAACUCUCAUGUAUUCCUGCUGUGUGGUGAUGUUGCUCAUCCCUAUAUCCAUCAUCUCUGUCUCCUACACACGAAUUCUAAUUACGGUCCAUCAGAUGAAUUCUGCUGAGGGCCGGCACAAAGCCUUUACCACCUGUUCCUCCCAUAUUAUGGUGGUGAGCAUUUUUUAUGGGGCAGCCUUCUAUACCAAUGUGCUCCCCCAUUCUUAUCACACACCAGAGAAAGAUAAGGUUGUGUCUGCCUUCUAUACCAUCCUCACUCCCAUGCUCAACCCACUCAUUUACAGUUUGAGGAAUAAAGACGUGGCAGCCGCUCUAUGGAAAGUGUUGGGGAGAUGCACUUUCUCCCAGAGAAUCAGAGCUGGAGAUGUUUCUAGAAAAUACUAA